AUGGCAAUUGCAGGAUAUCGAGUCGACAAGAAAGUCUUGGACGAAACCACAGCCGUUGUUUGUGCUGGAGGCCGGUCUGUGGAUGAGCUGCUUUACGGAACUCGCAUCGAGGGCACAGACACAGAGCGACAAAGCAGACAGACAUUCGGGGGAAUAAAGAAUAUUAUGGAUGGAACACAAAGGCUGUUAGAUGCUGCUGAUGGGGAUAAUCCAGACAAUUUUGUUAGCCACGUAAAGCGGAAAAUUCUUGCAGCUGUAGAUAUAGCUGCUGACAAGGCACAGUUUGGAAAUGCAGCAGACGCUUCGCUGAAAAAUAUUGAGGAAACUACGAAUAUUGUUGGCAAGGCCUCUCACAGGAACAUUUUUGUUGAUGAGAAAUCUACAACUAUUACUCCGCUCCUAGAAAGCAUUAAGACACAACUACAAAAUGUAGACAUUGCGACUGAUAUAUCUGACGCCUUCGAAAGCAUAUCGCUCCCUUCAGUGGAUCGCAGCGGCUUAGCUGAAGGGGAAAAGGUGAUAGAGACGCUGUCGGACAUGACGAAUUCGGUUGGAGAUGCAUCGCACUGGGCUGAAUAUGGCAUACACGUUUUGGACGCAUUGUUCCUGAGCAUAAGCGUGGUUUCCGGCGGGCUGGCAAUUCUGGCUGUGAUUUUCCUUGUUUGGACGCUCUACAGGCCAAAUAAGUGCCUUAGAAGGGGUUUAGUCUUCAUGAGUGUUGUACUGACGCUUUUGGCCGCGUUGACCUGUAUACUUGUUGCAGUGGCGUCCGUUUUGCACAAAGUUGGGAUCCCGGUGUGCGAUUACGCUACAGUACGCUUCAUGGAUGUAAAUAGCUCUCACAUUCUUGCUAAACUGUAUGGUGAGGACAGUGAAAUUUUUGAAGUAGCCAAAAUAUGCCUAUCGGCAACUGGUAGUGGAGAGCUCCUCCAGAACGAGGACGGUUCAAACCAAAUAGACGAACUUGUGGAAACAUUGGAAUCUAAGAGGAAGGAAAUAUGCGAUUCGAUUCCGGAGCCGGACGACACUGACUUCAAUUUCCUCGACUUUAAAAACCUUGAUGAGGAUGCAAGGCACCAGAGUUGGGCAGUAUUAUCGACGGAGACUAACGUCGGAACUUUUAAGGAAAUUAUCGAGAGCGGUAUCCAAGAUUUAGAUUCCACAGUGACAAUAUCCGGCUCUAAGAAAAAAAUAUAUG